AUGUCGGGGAACCUGUGGAUGCUCGUCCUGGUUCUGUGCGUCUCCUCGGCCGAAGCUCGUAUUUGGGCCUGGAUGCUCAACAUGCCCCAGAGCUCCCCCAAAGAUGGAGCACUCAGAGAAGGAUCUCACAUCUCCAAACCAACCAUGGCUCUGUGCGACCACGACAGGACGUGUGGGCGGGGCUUCUCCUGCGACCGCCACUUUGGCCUGUGCGUCCCUCUGCGAGGAGAGAGCCACUACUGUCGCCGGGACGCCCAGUGCGUCCGGGGCCUCAGCUGCAUGUUCGGCAAGUGUCACCGCAGCAUUCCCAACGGACAGGAAGGUGCCAGAUGUAAAGUGGACCGGGACUGCGGGGCGUCCAUGUGCUGCGCCCGACACCACGGGGAGCAGGUGUGCAAGAGGCGUCUGAUUGGUGGAGAGAGCUGCUACGUGCCGGACGGCGGCCUGGCGUUCAGCAUCAACCAGAUCUGCCCGUGUGACGAGGGGCUGCUGUGCCGGGACAACAGUGCUCCACACAGGAGGGAGUGA